AUGAGGUUCAAAAUAUCCCAAAAGGGCCCAAAUUGCCACAGAAAAAUGGUCACCUGCGUCACCUGGAGCGCAUCCGAUGAAAUUUUCUCCUGCGGCGACGACCACCAGCUGAUCUGCUGGAAGUUCGAGGGUGGAGUCGUGAGCGCCAAAGUGAUCGCCGAGUUCCCCGACGACUUUUACCCCACGGGCAUGCAGUGGCACCCCCGGCCGAGCCAACCGACCAGCUCGGGAGCCCUGAAAAAGCAAUCGAUGGACGUGCUGCUCAUCACCACGGACGACGGCAAGUUUCACCUGGUCAACCGUACCGGGAGGAUCGAGAAAACCGUGGCGGCCCACUCGGGUGCCACCCUAGCCGGCAAGUGGAGCUACGACGGGACUGCUCUGUACACAGCUGGCGAGGACGGCCAAGUGAAGGUGUGGUCGCGCAGCGGCAUGCUACGUUCCACCGUAAUCCGGGACACCGAGCCCGUCCACGCGUCAGCCUGGAGUCCCGACAACUCGGCCAUCCUGUACUCCCAGGGACCCUUUUUGCUCAUCCAAUCGCUCACCACCAGCUCAAAGCCCCACAAGUGGCACGCCCACGAGGGCCUGGUGCUCGUCGCCUGCUGGAACCAGUUCCACGGACUCAUCGUAUCCGGCGGCGAGGACUGCCGGCACAAGGUGUGGGACCCGAGUGGCAACCUCGUGUACGCGAGCGCGGUCGGCGAGCAGCCCGUCACCUCGGUCAGCUGGUGUUUCUCAGGCGGCUGCUUCGCCGUCGGUUCCUUCGACACCCUCAAACUCUGCGACAAGACCGGCUGGUCUCACUCCCUGGAGAAGGUCCGGUCGGGCAGCGUGUACGACAUUGGCUGGUCGAGCGAUGGUACCCAGGUGGCGCUCGCCUGCAGCAACGGGGCCGUCCUCGUUGCCCACACGAUCGAAAAGAAAGUCGAGUACAACCGGUACGAGGCGAGCCUGGUGAAGAGGAAGGCCGUGCGCGUUGUUGAGCUGGGCAGCGAGGUCAGCGAGGUCCUCGAGAUCGCCGACCGGGUGAUACAGCUCGAGUUUGGCUUCGAGCACCUGGUCGUGGUCACGCCGAGCCAGUGCCACGUGUACUCGGUGGCCAACUGGAACACCCCUGCCAUCUUCGAGCUGAAGAACGGCUCGGUCUCGGCGGUCCUCAUGGCCGAAAAGCACUUUCUGCUGGUCGAGUGGAGCUUGCUGUCGCUGUACAGCUACCAGGGUAGGUCCCUGGGCGUGCCAAAGUGGAAGGGUAUGACCUCCGAGCCUCUGUACCCGCCUUGCACGUCCCUCUGCUCGGACACCCUCGUCGUUCGCGACCAGAGCAACCGCAAACUUGUCCACGUCUUGGAAAUAUCUACGAAGAAGCCCAUCACCGAGGCUCAGUCGUACACCCACGUGCAAGACGUCACGGUGCUGGCUUUGAACUACAUUGGCGGCCCGAAUGACCGGCAGCUUGCUCUGAUCGACGCAAACAGGGACCUGUUUUUGGUGUCCAUCAGAUCGUCGGGAUUCGGACGCGUUUGCAAAAUAGCUGGCAUGGGCCACAACAUUGCCUGGGCCAUUGACGCCAACGUCCUGGCUGGUAUGCUGGACUCGACCCUGUCGGUUUGGCUAUGUCCGAAUUGCGUGCACUACAGCGACCGUAAGAUCAUUCGGAAAACUCGGAUCGACAAGGACAGCAGCGAGUACGGCAAGCAUCCGUCGAUCGUCAGAGUGGAGAGCGGCAGAGUGACGGUGAGACGAGGCGACGGGGCCCUUGUAGUCUCGUCGUUCUACACGUUCUUCAUCAACUUGCACAGGCACGUGCUGAACGGCAAGUGGGAAGAGGCCGUGUCGCUCUGUAGGGUUGUCCAGAACGAAACCUUGUGGACGUGCAUGGCGGUGAUGGCGAUCGACAGCAAACAGCUCGACAUCGCCGAGGAAGCUUGCGCGGCCAUCGGCAGGUACGACAAGGUGGACUACAUCAAACACAUAAAGAAGAUAACCGACGAAAUCGGCAAGCUCAGCGAGACGUACGCCCUAAUGGGCGACCUGCAGAGCGCCGAGGGCCUAUUGCUCCAGAACGGCCGCAUCCCCGAGGCCAUCGAAAUGAACGUGGCGACGUACCGCUGGAGCCGAGCGCUGGAGCUGGCGAUAAAGCACAAGAGGAUGCUCGAGGAGGUACUCGACGAGCGCAAGCGGUACCUCGGGGUUCUCGGGAAGCCGGAGACCAGCGCGGAUUUCCGGGCGGCGCUGCACGGCGGCAGCAAAGAGGCCAAAAAGGAGGCGCGAGAAAAAGAACGGGAGGCCAGAGAGAGGGAAAAGGAAGAGAAAAGAAUCGCGCUGGAGGAGCAGAAGAAAAAGGAGGAGGAAGAGAGGAGAGAACAGGCCGUGGAGAAGUUGGAAGAGGUGGCCGCGAAGGGGUUGGACGACGCGCAGGAAGUAGGAAGAAGCGAAGAAGUGGCGAGGGUGCUGGAGGGCAAAGGGGAGGAGGAGAGGGAAGUUGGCAGCGAGCCGAGGAAGCACGAGGGGAUCAGGCGAGAAAGAGGUAAGAGCGAGGAGAAGGAAGUCAGGGCCAAGGAGAGGAAGGUGCGAGAGAGGAAGGCUAGGGAUGGCGAGAAGGGUGAGGAUAGCCACCCGGUGAAAGUAGAAGAGAAGAAGGACGAAGAGCGUAAGAAGGCGAGGAGGAAGGUGGAGGUCAAGGAGGAAAGGGAGCGCAAGAGGGAGAGGCCGAGGGAGGAGAGGCUGAAGGAGAAAAAGGACGAGGCUGCCGCCAAGGAGCGGAGAAAAGAGCUGAGGGAGAAAAAGGAAAGGAGCGAGCGGCGAGCCGUGGAUGGACGGGCGAAGGAAAAAGUCAGAAGGCAGGCUUCGAACGACCGAACUACCAGUCGGAAGUCAACUACUCCUAAUUGA